GUCUCGCUUAUCGUGGGCGGUGCUUUCGAACGAAACGGGAACCUAACCUGGGUUCAGGUGCCUCGAGUCGUCACUGGACACGGCAAGCAGGAAAAGACGCAAGGAAGCAACCAUGUGGCUAGCCGUGGCGACGAUUGGCGUCGCCUUGCUGCUUCUCUGCCUUAAAUACGUCUUCGCUUCUUCCGGAUCCAAUCCCUUUGAGGCGGACACGCGAGAACCGCCGAAGCCGAUGGUCCAUAACAGCAAAGAGAAGAAUAAAGUGUUGAAACAAGGCUUCUUGGCCAGUAAAGUUCCCGACAACUUGGAUGCCGUCAUCAUCGGCAGCGGGAUCGGCGGGCUGGGCUUGGCUGGGCUGCUGGCUAAAGUGGGCAAGAAGGUUCUGGUUCUGGAGCAGCACGACCGAGCCGGCGGAUGCUGUCACACGUUCACCGAGAAGGGUUUUGAAUUUGACGUCGGAAUCCACUACAUCGGCGAACUGCUGGACCACAAGCCGUUCCGCUGCAUUUUGGACCAGUUGACCAACGGGCAGCUGCAGUGGGAGCCACUGGAGAAUCCGUUUGACCACGUCGUGAUCGGGCCACCGGAAAACCGUCGCCACUAUCCCAUCUACAGCGGGCGGACGCGCUUCACAGAGGAGCUGAAGAAGUGCUUCCCGGGCGAGGACGUGGCCAUCGACGAGUAUAUGCGACUGGUCAAAAAAACGAGCCGCGGAAUCUGGUUCAUGGUCGUGCUCAAGCAGUGCCCGGCCUUCUUGGCUGAGCUGCUGGUACGCACCGGUGUGGUCAGAUAUCUCUCUGCGUUCUUCAAAAUGGCGCCCCACAGCUUGACCAAAGUCGUCAACGGGCUGACGGGGAACAAGGACCUCAGGGCCGUCUUUUCUUACAUCUUUGGCACCUACGGUGCCAUUCCAAAAGAAGCUAGCUUCGCCUUACACAGUGUACUGGUCAAUCACUACCUGAACGGGGCCUGGUACCCGAAGGGCGGCGCCAGCGAGAUCGCCUACCACAUGAUCCCCAUCAUCGAGAAAGCAGGGGGCGCCGUUCUGGUGCGAGCGCCCGUAAACCGCAUCCUGUUCAACGACGCACGGGAAGCGUGUGGUGUAAGUGUCAUGAAGGGCCAGGAGGAGGUCCAUAUCCGUGCUCCCAUUGUCAUCUCCAACGCAGGUAUCUUCAACACCUACCAGAAGCUACUGCCCAAAGAACUCCAUGCCAUGCCAGUAAUCCAGAGGCAAUUGAGCAUGAUCAAGCACGGCUCAGGUGGCCUCAGCAUCUUUGUGGGACUCAACGGCACGAAGGAUGAGCUGGGCCUCAAAGCCGACAACUACUGGAUCUUUACCGAGAACAAUUUAGACGAAUUGGUGACAGAGUACUGGGACGGCAACAGAGAGGAGUCUUCUAAAAGAAUCCCCCUCCUGUUUGUCGCCUCCCCGUCCGCUAAGGAUCCCACCUGGGAGGAGAGGUCACCAGGCAAGUCCACGUUGAGUCUGGUCAGCUUUGCCAAAUACGAUUGGUUCGAGGAGUGGAAGGACGACAAGGUGACCAAUCGAGCCUCUGACUACAAGGAGCUCAAGCAGGCGUUCAUCGAGACCGCCCUGCAGGUGGUGCUGGACGUCUUCCCUAAAAUCACUAGGGACAAGGUGGAAUACAUCGACGCCGGCACGCCCAUCACCAACACGCACUACAUCGGAACCCCCAAAGGCGAGAUCUACGGGGCAGACCACUGCAUUGAGCGCUUCACCCCGGAGCUCAACGCCAGCGUGAGGCCCCAGACGCCGUUGAAGAACCUCUACCUGACAGGUCAAGAUGUGUUCCUGUGCGGCUUUGCGGGCGCAAUGGCCGGCGCGCUCACCUGUGGCUCGGCCAUACUCCAUCGCAACCUGCACCUGGAUGCCAUCGUGCUGGCCAAGAAGACCAAGUUUGUCAACAGCAAACUGAAAGCGGCCUAACCGGGAGGAGUAGGGGCAGCUGGCUCGACCAACGUGGCUUUUUAAUAAUCCAAAAGAGAACGUGGUACCAGGGAAUGAAUCAUUGGAUGAUACAUCAUUCUCAUGAUGUGAUUAAAUCUGUAACUAUUUGGUAACAAUAGUGAAGGUAACACAAAAAUAAAUGGGUUCCACUGUAGUGAUGCACUCUACAGUGCUUUUAAUUAAUUACAUAUUUUUUAAAAAUACAUAAUAUUUUUCCUUAAAGCCUGCCACACUGUGUGAUGCAGUCAAACCCAUCACAUAAAAGUAAGAGUGAGUAUUGUGUGAGUAUUCUUUGGAUGUGAAAUAUAAUUAUUUUUUUUGUCUGCUUGUCUUAAGUGUCCUCAGCUGUGCCCAAUGUUGGGUUGUAACAUGUUUACUAAGAGAGUUCAUAAUAAAAACACCAUUGUGUUCAAGGGAA